UCUUUUUACUGUCUCUAGCUAGUAGCAGUCACAGGAAGAAGCUCGAGCCCCCUUGAAUUGAAUUGAAUUAGUUAGCGACUUGAGAGCCCUCUAUGCAGCUAAGUUAACGUUUCAAGAUCUCUAAUUUUAUAAUUUUCUACAUACGUUUAACUAACUCUGAUCGGUGAAGUGUCAUAACGUGCUUGUCUGUCUUGUCUCUCUGUCCUAGUUGUAAUUACGACGAGGAUUUCGCUAGUUAGGGUAUGGUUUUGGCUAGUUAAGUUAUAGCGUUAGUGAGUCAUUAUACACGUUUAGAUGAGCUUAAUCACCAGGAUUCGGAAACAGCAACAGCCUAUCAGAUGGGGCCACUGUUAGUGUUGUGGCUGGCUGUCUUCCUCAGUGGGACCUGGGCGGUGGACCGUGGGAACUUCAAAACCUGUGACCAGAGUGCCUUCUGCAAGCGUCAGCGAGCGUUGAAGCCUGGCCAGUCCCCGUACAGAGCCCUGCUGGAGACCCUGGAGCUCACCAACACUAAACUCACACUGCAGCUCAUCAAUGACAACAACAAGGUGCGUCUGCUGCUCGAGCUCUAUCGUCUCCAGGGCAACAUGACCAGGGUGAAGAUAAAUGAGUUGAAGCCGCUGAAGCCUCGCUUUGAGGUCCCCGAUGUGCUCAUCAACGACCCUCCUACAGAGCCUCUGUCUCUCCUGUCGCAGGAUGAGAAUGGGGUGGUUCUGUCUUUGGGGGCAGACUCUCAGUGGCUGAUCGUCAGUGCUAAACCGUUCCGAUUGGACAUCAUGGAGGGGCGGGAGGUUCUUCUGUCACUUAACUCCCGUGGUCUGCUGGCCUUCGAGCACCUCCGGAUCCGCAAGGAUACCAUCUCCUAUAAGAUAAAAAACAACGUUUAUAGCGCGUGGGAAAAUAUCAAGUGGGUAUUCUCUAGUCAGGUAGACCCAGAAGGAGCUGAGAAGAAAGAAGAAACUGAUGCUGCCAACGAACUGGCAGAAGGAGAGACCGCAAAGGAGGAUGGAAUGUGGGAGGAGACGUUCAAGUCGCACACAGACAACAAACCCAAUGGCCCUUCCUCCAUUAGUCUGGACUUCUCUCUGCCAGGGGUAGAGCAUGUCUAUGGCAUCCCGGAACACGCAGACAGUCUUAAACUCAAAACCACUGAUGGAGGGGAUCCAUACCGCUUGUUUAACCUAGACGUGUUCCAGUAUGAGCUGUUCAACCCCAUGGCCCUGUACGGUGCCAUCCCUGUCAUGCUGUCCCACAGUGCACAACGCACCAUGGGCAUCUUCUGGCUCAACGCUGCUGAGACCUGGGUGGACAUCAGCUCCAACACCGCUGGAAAGACUGUGUUUGGCCAGAUGCUAGACUAUGUUCAGGGCUCCAGUGAGACGCCACAGACAGACGUGCGUUGGAUCUCAGAGAGCGGCAUCAUUGACGUCUUCAUCAUGCUGGGACCCACUCCCACUGAUGUCUUCUCCCAGUACGCAUCACUCACAGGUACCCAGGCCUUCCCUCCCCUGUCUGCACUGGCCUACCACCAGUGCCGCUGGAACUACAACGACCAGGAGGAUGUGGCGGCUGUGGACAAGGGCUUCGAUGAGCACGACAUCCCCUACGACUUUAUCUGGCUGGACAUAGAGCACACGGACGGCAAGCGCUACUUCACCUGGGACCCUCACAAGUUCCCCCAGCCCAAAGACAUGCUGCAGGGCCUGAUGGACAAGAGACGCAAGAUGGUGACCAUUGUGGACCCUCACAUCAAGGUGGACAGCAGCUACAAGAUCCACAAUGAGAUUCGCUCUAAAGGCUUCUAUGUCAAAAACAAAGAUGGUGGAGACUACGAGGGCUGGUGCUGGCCUGGUAAUUCUGGUUACCCAGACUUUACCAAUCCUGAGAUGAGAGCUUGGUGGGCCAGUAUGUUUGCCUACGAUCAGUAUGAGCCCUUCUCCCUGAGUGCUGCCUGCUCCGAAGCACCUCAUCUCACUCACACAGCUCUCCAUCAGGGAUCCAUGGAGAACAUGUAUACAUGGAAUGACAUGAACGAGCCGUCAGUGUUUAAUGGACCAGAGGUCACCAUGCAUAAAGACGCCCUGCACGGGAACUGGGAGAACCGUGACCUCCACAACCUCUACGGACUCUAUGUGCAAAUGGCCACAGCAGAGGGUCUGAUUGAGCGUUCAGGGGGAGUGGAGAGGCCGUUUGUCCUGACCAGAGCCUUCUUCGCUGGCUCCCAGCGCUACGGUGCUGUGUGGACAGGUGAUAACACUGCUGAGUGGGAACAUCUGAAGAUCUCCAUCCCCAUGUGUCUCAGUCUGGGCCUGGUUGGUGUUUCUUUCUGUGGAGCUGAUGUGGGUGGUUUCUUCAAGUCUCCCAGUACUGAGCUCCUGGUGCGUUGGUACCAGACAGGGGCUUACCAGCCCUUCUUCCGGGCCCAUGCCCAUCUGGACACCCCACGCAGGGAGCCCUGGCUGUUUGGCCCAGAAAACACUGCUCUGAUCAGGGAGGCUGUCCGCCAGCGUUACGCCCUCCUGCCCUACUGGUACCAGCUGUUCUACCACGCCCACCACUCUGGCCAGCCCGUCAUGAGACCACUGUGGGUGGAGUAUCCUCAGGAUACGGCCACGUUCUCCAUGGAUGACCAGUUCCUGCUUGGGAGAGAUCUGCUGGUGCACCCUGUGACUGAGGAGGGGGGCAGGGGUGUUACUGCCUACCUGCCUGGAAAAGGAGAGGUCUGGUUUGACGUCCACACGUUCCAGAAACACAACGGAGCCCAGAACCUCUACAUCCCUGUCACCAUCAGCUCUAUUCCGGUAUUCCAGCGCGGUGGUUCAAUUAUUCCCAGGAAGGCCCGGGUUCGAAGGUCAUCAUCCUGCAUGGAACAUGACCCCUACACCUUAUUCGUUGCGCUUAGCCCCAAGAGAUUUGCCCAGGGCGAGCUCUACAUAGACGACGGCCACACCUUUAACUUUGACAAACAGAAGCAGUUCAUCCACAGAAGACUUUCUUUUGCCAAUAAGGCCCUGUCCUCCAGAAACCUGGCCCCUGGUUCCCAGUUUAUCACUCCCUCCUGGAUUGAGAAGAUAGUCAUAUUGGGGGCCAGUAAGCCCAGCAAGGCCACUCUGAAGACUCCUGAUGGCAAGGAGAAUCUGCUGGAGUUUGAGUUUGAUGCCUCAAUGUCGGUGUUAACCCUUCGUAAGCCAGGCGUCAACGCAGGGGUGGACUGGACUGUGGUGCUUCAGUAACCAUUGAGAUGAGAAAUGGAGGGGGAGGGCGGUGGCGCUGAACCUGACUGAACAGGAAAGGAUGAGAGAGAUGGAGGAACUGAGUGGACACGGGCUGCAAUCGUAACGCACCAAGCAAGAUAUUGGAACGAUUGCUCUGUGGUACUCAGACUGGACAGGUGAUACAGGACUAUUCUCUCUCUCCCUCUCACACACACACACACACACUGUCAUAACAAUUUUGUACACACAAACACACGUGGACAGGGAUUUGCUCUGUAGAUCUGAACUGGUUACUAGGUAGAUUGUUCUUUGUUAGCGGCAUUUAGGGCAAAAUUCUUCAAUUCAAAUCAGGGUAUCAUUGUCGUUAAUGUUUUGGGAGUACUCGGACGUUCACGUCUGAUGGAUGAUUAUUUUAGGUUUUCCAUCAAGUAUGCUGUAGAUGUAAAAGAUCAUUGAAUAAGUUUGCUGACAACAAAAUUAAGACACUCAUUCAGACUAGUUAGUAUCUGUUUAAUUCCAUAUCUGGACAUCUCUUAUGACUUUAAAUUCUUAUAUAUUUCAUGUUUUUAUUCCAUUACAUAUUCCCCCUGUAAUUACUGAAGAGAAAUUGACAGGAAAGCCAAACCGGGGGGGGGUAGAAACUCUCCACCAAUCAAGAAUGCUGCACUGAUCAAGAUCUGUAAAUGUCAUGUGCAUCUCUCUAAUUGCCAUAAGGUGUAUUGAGUCUUCUCUGAUAUUCCUAAUUAAGGUUAGUCAUUCCUUCUUAUUUUGCCCCUAAUUUAGUUUCUGACAAGAAUGUGCGCGCUUACCUCAGUCAUUAUUAUGCCAUUUUUUAAAAUGUGCUGGAGAAAAGACACAAAGUAUGGUCGACUGAACUAAUGAAUGGCGAGGAUUUGGCUUUAUAAGUUGGGUCAUAUUUGGGAAUUAUUCUAAAACCACUUGACUUGGUGGAUGCUCAUCCUAAUAGCAGUUAGGGCCAUGCAUUGGGAUUAGAUUGUCAGUUGGGGUACAGGGUCAUGGUCCACUGUCUUCAGAGUGUCAUAUGAUCUUUAUAGUGUUGAUUUAAUAGUCCACAUGCGACUUAGGAAAGAUAUGUUUACUAAGAUGCAGUGAGCUCUCUGGAGACAAGCGACCGGUCCUGGUUGGUCAAAGCAUCGUUAAGCGGUUCUAUUCCCUACUGUCGUUGGUAAUCAAGCAUUUUGAAGAGUUUUUCUUCAUUGUUUUGUGGUUGAAUUCAAAAACUUACUGCAGCAUUCUCAGGAUGAGUGUUGGAACUGGGAACCAAGGAGGCCAGCUGUAUGUGAUAAGAUGACGGACCAAGUGAAAAUAAACCUGACCAAAUGUGAGGGCAUUGUUGUUUUUAAUUAUGAAUUAAUGCAGUUUACGUAGAUGGGGAUGUUAAUAAAAUAACUAUAUUCCCAAUCUAA